AUUUUUCAGCAGUUUGAAAGUUCCAGUUUUCUUGCUAAUGUUAGAGAAGCUUCUGAACAGCUAAAUGGUCUUGUUCAUUUACAAGAGCAACUUCUUUGUGAAAUUCUAAAGAAGAAGGAUAUUAAGAUUAGCAAUAUUGAUAGAGGAAUCAAUUGGGUGAAAGAAAGAUUGUGUUCUAAAAGAAUUCUUAUCGUUCUUGAUGAUGUGGAUCAAAUUAGCCAGUUAAAUUCAUUUGCAGGGAACCGUGAUUGGUUUGGUUCAGGAAGUAGAAUCAUUAUCACAACAAGAGACAAGCAUUUGUUGAAUGAAGUUAAAGCAGAUGAAAAAUACGAAGUUAAGGAAUUGAACUGCAACGAGUCUCUAAACCUCUUCAGUUUGCAUGCCUUUGGACAAACCACGCCAUUAGACGAUUAUCUGGAGCUUUCACAGAGCAUAAUAAGGGAACAGAAGUAGUUGAAGGUAUUGUUCUAGUCCGUCCAUUUUUAGAGGAUGUAAAUCUAAGGACUGAAGCAUUUGUAAGGAUGAAGAAAUUGAGACUGCUUCAAAUUAAUUGCGUGCAUCUUGCUGGAAGCUUUGAACAUAUAUUUGGAGAUUUAAGGUGGCUUUGCUGGCAUUAUUGCCCUUUGAAAUAUUUACCAUCCAAUUUUCAUCUAGAAAAUCUUGUUGCUCUAGACAUGCAACAUAGUAAUAUCAAACAACUUGGGUCAAGUAUCAAGAGUUUGAAAAAUCUGAAAGUCCUCAAUCUUAGUCACUCUAAGUUCCUCACAAAAACCCCCGACUUCACCGGGGUAUCAAGGCUGGAGACAUUAUUGUUUGAAAACUGUUCAACUUUGUUCGAGGUUCACCCAUCAAUUGGACUUUUGGAUAGACUGACUUUUUUUAGUUUGAAAGAUUGCGAGAACGUUUGUGAUCUUCCGAGUAGCAUUUGCAAGUUAAGAUCACUUGGACAUCUAAAUAUCACUGGCUGCUCAAAUCUGAAGGAAUUGCCUGAGCAUUUGGGGAAUAUGCAAUGCCUCACGGAGCUUCUUGCAGAUGGAACUGCUAUUAUACAAUUGCCCUUUUCAUGCGGACUUCUGAAGAACCUUACUACCUUAUCUCUACGAGGGUGUAACCAAAAUUUACCAUCCAAAUCUUGGUUUUCUCUCAUUUCAUCUUGGGUAUCACCAAGAAGACAUCCUGAUUCCAUCAGAUUUCUACCACCUUCUAUUUCAUGUUUGUGUUUCUUAAGAAAACUAAAUGUGAGUGACUGCAAUUUGUAUGAAGGAGAUAUUCCAGCUGAUCUCGGAAGUUUAUGCUCACUGGAAAUAUUGGAUUUAAAACAGAAUAACUUCCGUGGCCUACCAUUCAGCCUUUGUCACCUAUCCAAGCUACACUAUCUCGGUUUAGGUGGCUGCAAGAGUCUUCAAUUACUCACAGAGCUUCCUCCAAAUCUACGGUCACUAUAUGCUGAUAAUUGCACAUCAAUGGAGAAGCUACCAAAUCUAUCAAACUACAAAAGAUUGGUAUCCUUGGUUCUUUCUGAUUGCCGUAGAUUAUUUGAGAUUGAGGGACUGAAGGACCUUAAUUCUUUGCGAAUGAUUUGCCUGGAUAGCUGCACCAAUCUGGCAAAUGCUUUCAAGGAUAGUUUUUUUAAGGGAUAUUCUGAACAUAAUGGCCCCGAGAUUUUCCUUCCAAGUGGGGAGAUUCCUGAUUGGUUUAGCUAUCGAAUGAUGGGAUCUUCAAUAUUUUUCGAUAUGCCAUUAGAUGUGGAGCAUAAGUUCUUUGGGAUGACUCUUUGGGCUGUUUUUGCAGCCAGAGAAGAAGGUAAAUUCACCGCUGCCCCUUAUGCUAUCAUCUACGACAAAACCAAUGGUGGCGAAUGGACCAAUCUGCCGAACAUUUAUCACGUUCGAAUAACCAGGCAAGAGAAUUCUAGGGUGAGCUAUGUACCGAAAAGUUAUUUGAAAUACCCAAUAAAAGGUGGGGAAAGAAUUGAGGUUUGCUUCAAAACAUGCUUAUUUCUAGAGGUGAAGAAGUGUGGUGUUCAUCUAAUAUACAAUCCAGAUAUUCAAGAACAUAAUGAGGGACAAUCGUUAUACACCGACGAGGACGUUGGCACACAUGAAUUUCUUGGUUACGUAAAUGGUAAGAGAAGCCGUAACAUUGAUGGAGCUGAAACAAGCAGCAACUUGGAAGACAGAUGCAGUAAAAGGUUGAGGAUGGAGCCUGAUUCAACAUGAAGGCUGCCCAGCCGACACAGUUUGCCCAGAUGUGCCUAUCCGUGUCUUAGGGAAUGAGAGCCUCAAUUUUUGUGUCAUUGUGCGAAUGUGUUUGUAUGUAGGUAAUUCAACUAUGGAUGUUUCUUUGUGUGAAUUACUGUAUAUGGUUAUUGGGGUGCUUAAAUUUUUUUCCCAUGUAUAGUUAGUUGGAAUCUCUCCUCUUUGGUAGCUCAGAUUUGAAAUAUACUAUAAUAAGAAGAAGUACAUAAAAAUUAAGUACAUGACUUUAGCCCACCAGCCUUAUGUUUUCAGGAAUUGUUUGGUGCAUGAUUCACCUUCUUUGAAUAUUAAUGGAGCUUCUAUUUUCUGUCUUCUCAAUUUGUGAAACUAAAUCUUUGAUUUGAUACAGUUGUUUCUGUGGUUUUCUAAAUCAAACGAAACAGCAUGAUUUCUUUAUUAUGUCAUUUGGUACACUUAAUGAGUGUUGCUGGUCUCAUUUAUUUUCUCCGCCCGUCACAUAAUAAACAAAGUAGCUAUGCACACAACAAAAUUUUAUUCGAAGAUUAUGUAUACUUGAUCAAAUAGUUGGGAAGAUUUGUGACGUUAUAUUGAAGAAUUUGUUUUAUUUGGAUCAUGGUGAUAUUCUAAAAGAAGGCCCUAGCUGUGUCAUCAAGUAGAUCUCAUGAACCAAAUAGUUUUCCUUGGUUAUCUCUACACUUUCCUAUCUAUGCUUUUGCUGUCAACCGCAUCCCUAUCCUAUGCAGCUAUACCAUCAAUCUCUCUCUCUUGAUCCUUGCUACUUCUAAUUCUUUGGUAUGAAUAGUUCGAUUUAUGUUCAAACUUUACAAUGUGUGUAAUAGUAUAAGGGUAUUUUCAUUAACAUUUUUGAGUAUGUCCCUUUAUUUAUUCUCUUUCGAGGUUCUAAAAUCUUCAAUUUUGUAUUAUUAAACCAAAUAGUAAUUUAUUCCAAUAGUUAUAAAAUUAAUCGUUGUAUUUUAUCUUUUCUUUUGCUCAAUGCGAGGUGUGGGCCCAUCUCUUCAUUCGCAUGAAUUAAUCAUCAAUAAAAUUGUUCCAUUGCAACACAAAAGACCGAUAUUAGUUUGUUGUAACAUGAUAGACAACUUGAAUUUCUAUAUAUUUUGACCAACUUGAAUCACUAAUUAUUGACCCAAAUAGUCGAGCUUUUGCGUUGGCAAAUUUGUAAAUGCCAAAGUGUCUGAUUCGCUAUUGUUUUUCGCAUCGACAAACACAUUUGCACCAGCAAAAUAAUUAUGUCUGCGUCACAAAUUCUUUUCUACCCCUGGUUUGCUAAUGAAAAUAAAAAAAAGUGAAUUCGUGUAGUGAUACUGGCUCUAAAUUUGUGUUUCAGAGUUUUGUCUAUCCAAUAUACUCUCUUUCUAAUAUAUCUAUUUUGCUUGAAGUUCGUCAUGUUGAUAAUACCA